AUGGACGAUGCUAUUGACUGUGUUUUCCACCAUGGAGGAAAGUUCAUUAAUGAUGGUACCCUAAAGUAUGAAGGGGAGACAACAACUUUGUCCUUUGACUCUGAUAUGUGGAGUUAUUUUAUGGUUGUUCAUGUAGUGAAAGGUUUUAGAUAUGAUAAUUUUAAAGAAUUAUGGUACUGUGUAGGAGAGGGUUUAGUGUUGGAAAAUAGGUUGGAACAAUUGAUAGAUGACACUGAUGCGAUGCAUAUGGCUAACUUAUCUAGGCUUAAUGGUGAGGUUCAUGUAUACAUUGUACAUGUUGUUUCUAAGCCCGAAGUGAUACAUAUGCUUGAAUAUAUUACUAAUGAUCAAGGACAAGUUGAAGGUCAUGGUGAAGUACAAAAAGAGGUGCACGAGGGAGAAGAAGAUGGUGAUGGUGUUGAAGUAGAUGGUGAAGGUGAUGGUCACGUACAAGAGAUGCAUGAGGGUGAAGAAGAUGGUGAUGGUUUUGAAGUAGAGGGUGAAGGUGAUGGUCAUGUACAAGAGGUGCAUGAGGUUGAAGAAGAUGGUGAUGGUGUUGAAGUAGAGUGUGAAGAUGAUGGUCACGUACAAGAGGUGCAUGAGGGUGAAGAAGAUGUUCAUGGUGUUGAAGUUGAAGUUGAAGGUGAUGGUGAUGGUGACAAAGAGCAAGAGUUGAAUAUGUGUGAAGGAGUUGUGGAGGAGGAAGUUGAUCUUUGUAGUUGGAGUAAAUCUAUUGAUGAAGGUGGUGUACAUGGAAAUAGUGAGUGCAUAGAGGGGCUAAUUGAUGUGGGUGUUGAAUGUGAUAUAAAUGGUAAUGUGAAAGUAGAAGUAGAAAGUCUUUCUGAUAGUUCAGACAACAAGAUUGAUGAUGAUGAUAGAGGUUUGUCAGAUGAGGAGUGGAAAUCUGAGGAAUUACUUAGUGCAAUAGAGAGUGAUGAAGAGGUUAAUGACAGUGAAGGUUAUGGGAGGUUUGGUAUGUUUUGUAUGCCAAAAAGUAUGGUAGACUUUACAUGGGAAGUAGGGACUUCUUUUGCUGAAAAGCAAGAUAUUUUAGAUGUUGUAAAAGGGUAUGCUUUGGAAAAUGGGAGGAAUAUAAAGCCAAUAAUUGGAUUAGAUGGAGCCUUUUUGAAAGUGAAGUAUGGUGAUGAGUUGUUAAUAGCUGUUGUGAGAGAUGAAAAUGAUCAAAUCUUUCCCAUUGCAUAUGCGGUGGUAAAAGUGGAAAACAAAGAUUCAUGGUCGUGGUUUUUGAAUCUUUUGAUUGAUGACCUUGGUGGUGAAGAAGUAUAUUCAUCAAUAACUUUUGUGUCAGACCAACAAAAGGCAAUAGUGAUAUUUAAUUUGAAAUAUCCUGGUAAAAACCUGAAACGGCUGAUGUGGAGAGCAGCUGCUACCACUCACCCACAAACUUGGGAGAUGGAAAUGAGAAAUAUUAAAGAUGUCAAUGAAGACACAUUCAAGCAUUUGAUAGUCAUCCCUCCAAGGAGAUGGAGCAUCACAGGAAUUUCAUGUUGUCACUCCUUGGCCGCAAUGAAGUUUCUCAAUAUUGAUGGAGAGCAAUUCAUUCCAACUUGCUUUAUGAAGUCCACCUAUGAAGAAACAUAUGCAUCAAUCGUAUACCCCAUCAACGGCAACAACAUGUGGGAGCUAAUACCAUAUCCGGAUGUCAUGCCUCCUAGGAAAAAAGUUAUGCUAGGAAGACCUAAAAAGAAAAGAAGACUGGAACAGUGGAAGAUCAGAAAGGAUGAUUCUCGACUGAGCAAAGCUGGUUUGCGCAAGAUAUGGAGGCUAUGUAGGGAGGUUGGGUACAAUAGAAGUCGUUCCUCAAAGCAACCCAAGAACCUACCCAUGAAGCUACCCAACAACCUACUACAUCAUCAAAAUUAG